GUGCCCGAGGUGGGCAGAGGCGCAGGGUGAGACUAGCCUGGCUGCCCGGGGCUCCUGCUCUUUCCUUUCCAGCCAGUGAGCCGGGGAGGCCAGGCCGCCCCCAGGCCUGACCAGCUGCCACAGCCCCUCGCGGAGGGCGGAGGGAUGGCUCCUUGACCUUCCGUUCAGUCAGCUGUCAGCCCCUGGGGCAGCCACCUCUGGGCAUGGCCUAUCAGCGCCUGGGGAGGUGGGGCCCCGGGGGCCUAUCACAGCUUGCUUCCCACUGUCACUGCCAAUCAGGAGCAACAGGGAGGGGAGCUUAGGUCACCCUGCGAUGUGGCCCCAAGGGCAGCCCCGGGCUGGCGCAUGGUGAAAGGGCACGACAGCGGCCCAGAGCUGCCGAGGUGUCCCAGGGCCCUCCGAAGGCCCGGAGCUGCCCUACCCUGGCCCCCGGCACCCCAACCCAGCGGCUCUGGCCCCCACCACUUGCUGACUGGGGACCAACGUCCAAGCAGGGCUCCUGUGGCCUGCGGGCUGUCGCAGGAGGGGUUCCCCUCCCCCAUAAGGCCAGGAUUCUAUAGAGGCCUGGCCAGUUACCUGGGAGACAGGCCGCUGGCCCACGCUAAGAUGGGGGGCCUGAGAGGGCUCAGCCUUGGCAGAGCCCUGCUGGGGAUCAUGGCCUUGAGGGCAGGUGACCAGGUUGCAAUGAACGGGCUGAAGGAGAAGGUGCUGACGCUGGACACCAUGAACCCGUGUGUGCGGAGGGUGGAGUAUGCCGUGCGCGGUCCCAUUGUGCUGCGUGCCCUCGAGCUGGAGCAGGAGCUGCGCCAGGGAGUGAAGAAGCCCUUCACUGAGGUCGUCCGCGCCAACAUUGGGGAUGCACAGGCCAUGGGGCAGAAGCCCAUCACCUUCCUACGUCAGGUCCUGGCCCUCUGCGUCCACCCGGAUCUCCUGAACAGCCCGGACUUCCCCGAGGAUGCCAAGAGGAAGGCGGAGCGCAUCUUGCAGGCAUGUGGGGGACACAGCCUGGGGGCCUACAGCGUCAGCUCCGGCAUCCAGCUGAUCCGCGAGGACGUGGCUGAGUACAUUGAGCGGCGGGACGGAGGCAUUCCCUCGGACCCCAACAACAUCUACCUGUCCACUGGGGCCAGCGACGCCAUCGUGACGGUGCUGAAGCUGCUGGUGGCCGGAGAGGGCCCCACCCGCACAGGGGUUCUCAUCCCCAUCCCGCAGUACCCGCUGUACUCGGCUGCUCUGGCCGAGCUCAACGCGGUGCAGGUGGACUACUACCUGGAUGAGGAGCGCACCUGGGCGCUCGACGUGGCCGAGCUGCGGCGCGCCCUGUGCCAGGCGCGGGCUCACUGCCGCCCCCGCGCACUGUGCGUUAUCAACCCUGGCAACCCCACCGGGCAGGUGCAAGCCCGCGAGUGCAUCGAGGCCGUGAUUCGCUUUGCCUUUGAGGAGCGCCUCUUCCUGAUGGCCGAUGAGGUGUACCAGGACAACGUGUACGCCGAGGGCUCGCAGUUCCACUCGUUCAAGAAGGUGCGGCUUCCGCGGCGGCUACGUGGAGGUGGUGAACAUGGACCCCGCGGUGCAGCGGCAGAUGCAGAAGCUGAUGAGCGUGCGGCUGUGCCCGCCCGUGCCGGGCCAGGUCCUGCUCAGCACCGUGGUCAGCCCGCCCGCGCCCAGCGACCCCUCCUUCGUGCAGUUCCAGGCGGAGAGGCAGGCGGUGCUGGCGGAGCUGGCGGCAAAGGCGAAGCUCACGGAGCAGGUGUUCAACGAGUCCCCGGGCAUCCGCUGCAACCCGGUGCAGGGCGCCAUGUACUCCUUCCCUCGCGUGCAGCUGCCCCCCCGCGCCGUGCAGCGCGCUCAGGAAUUGAGCCUGGCCCCCGACAUGUUCUUCUGCAUGCGCCUCCUGGAGGAGACCGGCAUCUGCGUGGUGCCCGGCAGCGGCUUCGGGCAGAGGGAAGGCACCUACCACUUCCGGAUGACCAUUCUGCCCCCCAUGGAGAAGCUGCGGCCUCUGCUGGAGAAGCUGAGCCAGUUCCACGCCAAGUUCACCCGAGAGUACUCCUGAGGCCCCCCCCCUCUUUAGGGCCAGGCUUGGCCGGCAGGGCCGACUCUGGAUUUACGAUGGCCGGGAUGGCCGGACCGUGGGGGUCUCUGCAGCCCCCUGGACUUGCUCCUGCUGCCUGUGGGGCUGGGCCCCAGCCUUCCUGCACGCCCCUAAUAAAGCUACGAGGCAGUCUGACCACUCCGAGGCUGUGUGCACACCUGCCCACGUGGCCCACCUUCCUCUCUGGGCUGGGGUUCUGUGCAGGGUAUUGGUCGGCCUCCAGCAGGAGUGGUCGCGGGGGGUCCCAGAGGAGGUGACCUUCCUGCCAAUGA